AUGUGGUCGACCUCCUUGGUCACACUAUCCCAAGAAAGUCAAGAAACCGACAGUGUUUUGUACCAGAACAGCUCACUGAUCUUCCAGGUACAAUGGGACAACCUCAAGUACAAGAGUUACUCCGUGUAUGUUGUUCUGGUCAACUACUGUGAAUCUGUAGUAAAGCAAUUCGCGGGUCCGAGCCUUCAGUACGUGCCAGAAGUGACGCAGGCUGGAGGCAGCAAGCCCAGUCCGGAUUCUCCUGCGCGCUCGUAUGUGAAGCCUCUGAUGGCGGCGGCAGCGGUGGUCGCCGCGGUUCUCGUGGGCCUGAGGUGCACAGGCCGCCCCGGGGGCGCCGCCGCCUCGUCCUCGCCCCCGCGCGCGCCCCCGCCGCGGACGCCGCCGGCCGCCGCCGCGCCAAGCAAGGCCGUUCUGCUUGUGUACGCAAACGACGUGAUUCCGCAAGCAAAGCAACUUCUCGAAGAACUCAGAGAGAAAACGGCUUGUAAGAUUCUUGAUCUUCAUGAUGUCUACGAUUUCGACAAAUUGCAUGACUCGGCGGCGUGGCUGGUGCGUACCCUUCGCAACCCGGCUGUUCUGAAGAUCCUGGUGGUUUCCGAAGAAGGCGAGAGACUGCAGAAUCUCCACAGGUCUUCCGUGCGGAUUCCUGUACAGGUCGGGGACCAGGUACCUCAGGGUAGCCCUUCCGGCGCCGAAGGAGGGAAAGGGUUGUCUGGCAGUUCAAGUUCCCUUCGUCAGGAUCCUGAGGAAGUCCUCUCUCCUCUCGCACUUCCAGAGUCGCGGAAUGAAGAUUCUGAGACUUGUCCACAUCCAAGAGAGAAAGGCUGUAUUCUGCCAGGUAGUUCGACGGAGAACGAAAGUGAGUCUGGCGGAGAAAGACCACUUGGAUUCCUGUACGACUACAUGAUCCAUAUACAGGAAUCGUCAUGUUUGUUCAAAGACAACCUUGUCUACAAAGCCCAGUUUGCGGACGGGCCCCUGGAUCGGGUGACAGAGAGCCGCCUCUUCCUCCUCCCGCGCCAAAGCCACUUCCUCGUGCAGGCAAUCAACGCGUUUGUGGUCGGAGAGUGAGUGCGGGAAUACCCAAAGGCCUUGGUAGUGUGUGGAGACUGUCGAGGCUUUCAGUCCACUGAAGAAGACGGGAGCGGGAACGUCGUCACCCUCGCUUUUGCCGACUGAGGAUUUACUGUGUGUGAGUGUGUGUGUGUGUGUGUGUGUGUGUGUGUGUGUGUGUGUGUGUGUGUGUGUGUGUGUGUGUGUGUGUGUGUGCGUGUGCGUGCGCGCGUGCGCGCGUACCUGUUUUGGUGUCAGCAAAGUAACACAGACAAUCUACAAAAUGUUUAGACACUGUUAAAUGUUCCAUUUGUCAAUAUAAUGAGAAAAGUUACAGCGCCUGACACCUGAAAUUGUAUAGAUGCUUAUUGAUCAAAUAUGGACGCACCUGUACAUAACAAGAUCAUAUCCUAUAAGAAGCUGUAGAAGCCCUUUUUGGUAGGUGAGAGUAGAGGAAAGGGCUUUGACAAUGAAUAUGUCAAAUAUGAUAUAGUCUAUUAAUUUGUAUUCUGGAUAUUCAUGAUUGUUACCUGUUACUAAUGAUGCUUUAGGUGAUAAAACUAACAACACGCAUCUCUCAAGAAUUAACUGUAGCAAAAGCUGCUGACAAAUUCUACUGGCAACAGAUUUGAGAACUUUGUUAGCAUGCGCGAUUGUAGCCUUCGUUUCCGAUGGCCUAAGUGGUCUGAAAGCGGGUUUUUUGACUGAUUCGCUUUACGACACGUAACUGGAUGCGCCUUUCCGCGUUUGGCUCCGCCCAAUUCCUGGGAAUCUACAUAGGUUUAGUUUGCUUUUUAUUUUGUUGAUUUUUUCUGCACCAUUACACACUGCUUUGGGUUUCUUCAUACUGCUAAUAUAAAAUACAAACCUAUUUUAUCUUUAAAAUAUCAUUAUAACUACUAUAGUAAGCAUCCCCCAAACAGUAGUUCUGUCGAACUAUCAAAUUUGAAGAUAUCGUUAUUAUUAUUAAAUACGAAUUAUAUUUACGUUAUGGUAUGACUUUACUGCUCUGUAUCAUAUUUUACGUGCAUUACACCUUCUUUCAUGCAUGUUCAUUCAUUUUCAUCACAGAUCAGUUAUAAUAUGAAGCCAUGCCCAAAGCAUAGCCCCGCCCCCUUGAUUCCUAUCUUAAAAAAGUGUCUUUGCAUUUGGCAUAAGUGUUGUGGAUGACACAACCUAGCCAAAAUAUCUAUAAGAUUUGAGAGAAUCUUUGUUACAGUUACGUUUAAUUUAAGUUCGGUGUUGAAGCUAAUGGAGGUCACGUGGUCUUGAGGUCAAGGGAUUCCUAAAAGUGCGGGUUCCUCUAGUUUUCCCCGAGUUUGGUUCGGGUGUGCUUUUCCCAUAAAGCGAGAGAUUACAGUUGGGAAAGUUAUAAAUGCCGUUUCCUUGCGGUCCGAGCCGACUUGGGGAUACAGAAGCACCCACUAAACCGACUGUCUGCGCUGAUAAGAACUAGCCACGCUUCUGGGUAUCGGGAAAAGGGUAUCACGAGAUUCGCCUAUUUAAAGAUAUGCUACAGAUGAUAACAACGAAAUGAUAAAAAUCGCUAAAAACAGGGAGCGGAUUUACUCCCAUAUUUGCGGCGCUUCUGAUCCUUGUCCAGUGCAGCGAAAUGGCCUCAAGCGCCCUGCUGUCUCCAUUCUCCUUGGGGCAUCGUGUUUUGUUGACUGAAUGUGCACUUGCAAGCACUAACUAUUAAAUGCACGCACAAUAUAAGAAUCCUGUAGUUAUACUGUAUCAAUCCACCUCUUUUUCAAAAAAGCUUAGGAGAGAAAAAAAAAUACAAAUAAUCUGAAUCUAAAGCUCUAAAUAUAUAUAUAUAUAUAUAUAUAUAUAUACACACACACAUAUAUAUAUAUACAUAUAUAUACAUUUAUAUAUAUGUGUGUGUGUAUUUAUUUAUUUAUUAUCUUUUUAUUAUGUGAUGUGAUUCUUGCUAGGACUUUUGAUCAGUUUACAAGAACUAAAGUAACAUGUUUACUUUUGUAACAACUAGCUAUCUUUAUUAUUGUUAUCUAAGAUCCACUCAUAACAAGAGAUAUUCUUACGGAAUACUGUGAAUGAAAAAGGCUAAUCAUGAGUCAUUUGAGGGACUGAAAAA